UUACUCUUUUCGAAAUUGUUUAAAUAUUUUGUAGCUGAAUGCAUGAGUGUACCGAAAGAGAAGGGUUCGAGGAACAAACUAUAACACUUCGCCAUUGGCGCUGAAUUUCCUGAUCAAGCGCCAAUUUGCACCGACGAAUUGCAAAAUGCAGAUACUUCGUGUGCUGCCGAUCGUCGCUUUUCAUCUAUAUUUUGCAUUUUUCACCAUCACUUCAGCUCAGGAUUCCCAUCUCGGAUCUGCUCGUGUAGUAUUUCAGACGAAUUAUGGCGAUAUUGAAUUCGGGUUCUUCCCCAAGGUUGCUCCCAAAACCGUUGACCACAUCUUCAAACUUGUUCGUCUCGGAUGUUAUAACACCAACCACUUCUUUCGGGUGGACAAGGGGUUUGUGGCGCAAGUGGCAGACGUAGUGGGGGGAAGAUUAGCUCCCAUGAACGAGGAACAAAAAAUGGAAGCUGAGAAGACUGUUGUUGGUGAAUUUAGUGAUGUUAAACACGUUAGAGGUAUUCUUUCUAUGGGGAGAUAUGAUGAUCCAGACAGUGCUCAGUCCUCUUUUUCUAUGCUACUGGGAGAUGCUCCUCACCUCGAUGGAAAAUAUGCGAUCUUUGGAAAAGUUACCAAAGGUGAUGAUACAUUAAAAAAACUCGAAGAACUUCCUACUCGUCGUGAGGGUAUAUUUGUAAUGCCAACUGAGCGCAUAACAAUACUAUCAUCAUACUAUUAUGAUACCAAUUUGGAGAGUUGUGAAGAGGAUAGAUCAACCUUGAAGCAAAGGCUUGCUGCGUCUUUUGUCGAGAUUGAAAGACAGAGAAUGAAAUGCUUCCCCUGAAAUGUGUGGGACAACAAAAACUCUGGUAGGGAAAACUAGAAGAGGAAUUCAAAUAGAAGCUGUUUGUUCAAUAUCUUUUUCAAAUCUGUGUCCGUCCUUUUCGCUUGAUACAUUUCUUGCAAGGAUAUAGUGUAUUCAGUGAACAAACUAUUAUACAUGUUGUAUAAACACUAAUUUAAUAAUAACAUUUAAAAUCAAGUUAUCUACUCCUUUUGUUGAUGAGCUUGGAGGUUCAAA